AUGGGUAACGUUCCUUCCAAAAAGAGAAAAGAUAAUAGACCAAGUAUAGUGAGAGACGUCCCUGACAAUGAACAGUCGAUUGCGACCGCCACUUCAGUUAAUUCUAUUCUUGUCAAUGCCAGCAUUCAAAGAAAUAAAGCACCUGCGAAUAUUACCACAGCACAAAAUACGUUUAAGAAUACUACGGGUAACGGAGGUGCUAUUUCUCCUCCUUAUAGCCCCACCAGUGAUAGUAACCAGCUUACAUUUACUUCGCAAAAUCAAUUAACGGCCACCUCGAUCCGUUCGAUUGGCUGGAACUUGGAUAUCGAUGAGUGUAUUAGUCGCUUAUUGGAUGUAGGAGUGAAAAACAAGGUGCCGAAAUCUAUUUGCUUUCGAAAUUCAGAGAUUGUAGCUAUUUGUCGAGCAGCACAAGAAUUAUUUCUCAGUCAGCCCAGUUUAAUUGAAUUGAACCCACCCGUCAAGAUUCUCGGUGAUAUACAUGGCCAGUAUCAUGAUUUAAUUCGACUAUUUGAAAUGGGUGGCUUUCCUCCUGAUUCCAAUUAUUUAUUUCUGGGUGAUUAUGUCGACAGGGGAAAGCAAAGUUUAGAAACCAUACUCUUGUUAUUCUGCUUUAAAAUCAAGUAUCCCGAAAAUUUUUUCUUGUUGCGAGGAAACCACGAAUGCGCUAAUGUGACACGAGUUUAUGGUUUCUAUGACGAAUGUAAAAGAAGAACAAAUACAAAGGUUUGGAAAACAUUUGUCGAUGUGUUUAAUACAUUGCCUAUUGCUGCUCUGGUGGCCGGUAAGAUCUUUUGUGUUCAUGGUGGCUUGUCUCCCUCUUUGCAUAGCAUGGAUGAUGUACGUAACAUCAUGCGCCCUACUGACGUGCCUGAAUAUGGUCUCCUCAAUGAUUUGCUCUGGUCGGAUCCCAGUGAUACCUCCAUAGAAUGGGAAGAUAAUGAACGAGGGGUUUCUUAUUGCUUUGGUAAAAAGAUCGUCAAUGAAUUCUUGGCCAAGCAUGAUUUAGAUUUGGUCUGUCGAGCUCAUAUGGUUGUCGAAGAUGGUUAUCAGUUCUUUAACGAACGUACUUUGGUUACCGUAUUUAGUGCUCCUAAUUAUUGCGGUGAAUUCGAUAAUUUUGGUGCUAUCAUGAGUAUCAAUGAAGAAUUGCUGUGUAGUUUUGAAUUGUUGGCUCCUAUGGAACAUCCAUCUGCUGCCAAAGUACAGGAAGCUCAUAAAAACAAGGGAAGACGGCCAAGUCCUCCUAUGAUUGAUCCUCCAGCUGCGCCUGAAUUGAAAGAAGAUCCACCAGCCAUUGUUGUACAAUCACCUGCAUAA